AUGUCGCAGCUACGCUUAUUACCAAUCUUCUUGGCCCUGUCCGCCACCGCAUUUGCUCAAUCCAACUAUGCGGACCAAGCCAACAACAUCGAGUACCACGGCGACGGCCUGCCACCAGAGGCCACCUUGGAUGGGAAAGUGACGAAAUUGGAUGAUCUCAGCCCCGUGAUAUUUCUGAACCGAACGAAGGCGGCACUAAAUUGCGCUGCUGGAUCCAUGCAGGUUGAACUGAAAUUUAACAAUAAAUUUUAUGGGAUAGCCUAUGCCGACUUUGACAGAAACUCUGCAUGUCAAACAGCAGGAAAGGGCGGUCUUAGUUACAAGUUGGAGCUGCCACUGAAAGGAUGUGGCACAAAACAA